CUCCUUCUUCUUCUCCUCUCAGUACGUUCCAGUUAUUUCUCGUUCAACUUUGCUUUUGGUUGUUCGUGUUCAUUUUUUUUAUUCGAUUGAUAAUGUAAUUCUUUUGCUUUUUGGUGCAUGAAAUUUGUGAGCUGUGACAAAAUUUCAAGCACCGUUGAAAUCUAGCUGUCAUUGCUGUUACCGAUUGUUCUUGAAUCGAAAUUGAGAUGCCAGAUGGGCAGAGCCCCAAACAGCUAAGGCCAUUCUGAAAUUUGAAUGAUUUGAAGAUCACAUAUUCAGGUGAUUAGGGGACCAAUUUGAUUUAGUGGAAAUUUGGAUGAAUUGUCCAAAGGCCAAUGCAUGUGCUAUUUGACCAUCAUCGUGUGCCAACUAAAUCCAUUCAUCUUCUUCACCAGUUUUUGCUGUCAUUGGCCAAGUCUUCAAACCCCACAACGCUCGCAGAGUGCAAACAAAUUCAUGCAAAGCUUGUAGUCACCCAAUGCAUCUCGCAGACGCAUUUGGCAAAUAACCUUUUGAGCCUUUAUUCAAAAUGUGGUCAAUUCAGCUAUACCCACCACCUGUUCGACCAAAUGCCCCAUAAGAACGUUGUUACCUGGACAACCUUAAUUUCUGCAAAUCUUAGAAAUGGGUAUCUCCCAAAAGCCUUUGACAUGUUCAAUCACAUGCGUGAGGUUGGUGAGAGUCCCAAUGAGUACACGUUAUCUGCACUGCUCCGCGCUUGUGCUGAUCCUGGUUUGAGGGAUGUUGGUUUGCAGCUUCAUGGUUUGUUGGUUCGGUGUGGCCUUGAGAGGGACAAGUUUGCUGGGAGCUCUCUUAUGUAUAUGUACUUUAGCAGUGACAGCGAUCUUGAAAGUGCUUGUUGUGUCUUUCAUGAAUUGUUGGAGAGGGACCUUGUUGCUUGGAAUGUCAUGGUUUCUGGAUUUGCUCAAGUUGGUAAAUUUGGUGUGGUGAAGAGGUUGUUUAGUGAAAUGAGGGAGGUUCAUUUCUUGAGACCUGAUCACAGUACUUUUAUUGGCUUGUUCAAGUGUUGUUCGUUGUUGGACCAAGUUAGGGGAGUUCAUGGGCUGGUGUUUAAGUUUGGUGCCGAAGUUGAUAUGGUGGUUGGCAGUACUCUGGUUGACUUGUAUGCUGAAUUUAGCGACAUAAAUUCUUGCAGGAAAAUCUUUGACUACAUGGAGGAAAAGGAUAGUUUUCUUUGUAAUUCGAUUAUUACAGCCUAUACCAAGAACAAUAGAGGCGAGGAAGCUGUGAAUAUCUUCAAGGAUUUAUGUAGACAGAGGAUGAAGCUUGAGCAGCAUGUGUUAUCAAGUACUUUAAAAGCCUGUUUUGAAUUAGAGGACUUGAACACUGGAGUUCAAGUGCAUGGCCAAAUGAUAAAAUAUGGGCAUCAAAACAAUUGCUUUAUAGCAAGUGUGUUGUUGUCUCUCUAUUGCAGUUUUGGUGAACGAGCAGAUGCAGAAAAGUUGUUUAGAAGGAUUGAUGAUAAAGAUAUUGUAGCAUGGAACUCUAUGAUCUUGACUUAUGCUCAGCUGGAGAUGGGAUCUGAUCUCUCCAUGCAACUGUUUCAAGAACUUCGAAGAACUACAUCUUCGCAAAUUCAAGGUGCCACUCUAGUUGCUGUUCUGAAGUCUUGCAAGAAUAAUCCGGAUUUAACUGCUGGUCAACAAAUCCAUUCACUUAUAGUGAAAUCAAGUAUAAGUCAUCUUACUUUGGUUGGCAAUGCAUUAGUCCACAUGUACUCUGAGUGUAAACAAGUGGAUUGUUCCUACAAAGCUUUUCUUGACAUUGUUCAUAAAGAUGAUAGUUCUUGGAGUUCUAUAAUUGGAACUUAUAAACAAAAUGAGAGGGAAUUUGAAGCAUUAGAGCUAUGCAAAGAGAUGUUAGCCGAUGGAAUCACUUUCACCAGUUAUAGCCUUCCUUUAUGCGUCUCAGCUUGUUCGCAGCUUUCAGCAAUAGAUGUGGGAAAACAAUUCCAUGCUUUUGCCAUCAAGUCUGGUUACAACCAAGAUGUCUAUGUUGCAAGUUCCAUUAUAGAUAUGUAUGCUAAAUACGGAAACAUGGAGGACUCAAAGAAAGUUUUCGUUGAACAACAACAGGCGAAUGAAGUAAUUUAUAACGCCAUGAUAUGCGGAUAUGCACAUCAUGGAAAAGCAUUGGAAGCCAUAAAAGUUUUCAGUAUGUUGGAGAAGAAUGGCUUGAUGCCUAACCGUGUAACUUUCUUAGCUCUGUUAUCAGCUUGUAGUCAUGGCGGUUAUGUUGAAGAUAUUUCGAAUUUCUUUACAUUGAUGCUUCAUAGAUACAAGAUUAAGCCAGAAUCCGAGCAUUACUCGUGCCUAAUUGAUGCCUAUGGUAGGGCAGGGAGGCUAGAGGAAGCUUAUGAAAUAGUGAAAAGGGAUGGAAGUGAAGCAUCAUGGAGAACACUACUGAGUGCAUGUAGCAAUCAUAAUAACACAAAGAUUGGAGAAAAAUCUGCUCUGAAGAUGAUAGAAUUAAAUCCCAGCCAUCAUGCUUCGUAUGUUCUACUUUCAAAUAUUUAUAGUGCAGAGGGAAAAUGGGAAGAAGCCCUUAAAUGGAGGGAGAAAAUGGCUAAGAGUCAUGUGAGGAAAGAUCCAGGAAAUAGUUGGUUAGUCUGAGGAUCAUUUACAUCCUACCCACAUAUUUUUAAUUGUAUA